AGAUUGAGCAGUUUGUUGUGUUCGGCGUGGAAGAAAUGGCAUACACGGCUAAAAUUGGGCCCUCGAUUUUGAGUAGCGAUCUUUCCCAGCUGGGUAGGGAGUGCGAGCGGAUGAUGGAGUGCGGCGCGGACUAUUUACACCUGGACGUUAUGGACGGGCAUUUUGUUCCGAACAUCACGUUUGGCCACCCGAUGGUAGAAUGUCUCCGGAAAGCUGUGGGUCCAAAUCCUUUCUUUGACAUGCACAUGAUGGUUUCCAGACCAGAACAGUGGGUGAAGCCAAUGGCAGCAGCAGGAGCCAACCAGUAUACAUUUCAUUUGGAGGCCACUACAAAUCCUGGAAGCCUCAUCAAGGAAAUCCGUGAGAGUGGCAUGAAGGUUGGUCUGGCUAUCAAGCCUGGAACCACAGUUGAAGAAUUAGCACAAUGGGCCGGGCAAAUUGACAUGGCCCUAGUUAUGACAGUGGAGCCUGGAUUUGGUGGGCAGAAGUUUAUGGAGGACAUGAUGCCAAAGGUCAGCUGGCUAAGAACUCAGUUCCCUUCCCUAGAUAUUGAGGUAGAUGGAGGAGUUGGACCAGACACAAUUCAUCGAUGUGCUGAGGCAGGUGCUAACAUGAUUGUCUCGGGCAGUGCUGUACUGGGCAGUGCAGACCCUCGAACCGUAAUUGCCCUUCUCAAAGAUGUUGUCCUUGAGGCCAUUCAGAAACGAUCUCUAGACCGCUAAUAACAUCAGCCUUUCCACACACCCCCACCCCCCAACUAUCCAAAAUUAAAGCUCAACCUGUAUGAACAAUUUGAAUGGACAAGUGUAUACUAAUUGAGCUUGUUAAUUGCCUUGAGAAUCAAGACUGAAUUUUAUUUUAUUUUUUUAAACCAAUACAGCCUUUAAGACCUUUAUGCUUGCUUCUUUGGGAGUAUUGUUCUUUUAUCAUUUGUUUUAUGCUAGUAGAUGAGCACCUCAGUACAAACAGCCCUACAACAAACCGUUCUAGAACGGUUAUACCACUAAAUAUAAAUUUUGCUAAGACACUGAGGUGAUCAAUCAGAAAGUAAUUACAAGAAGAGGACUGUAGUAGUCAUUAAUGCUUGUACAUUCCAUUAAUUGUUCUUUAAGAAAAUGUGAAACAAUAUUCAUGUAAAUAAAAGCUGUGGUACAUA